GUCAUCGCGUCGUUGGAACCUUCAGCUGUCAGACUUUGGCCACCCUAAAAGUACAGGUUUUGUUAGCAAACUAACUCGAACUGUACAGCCAGCGCCGACUUUAUUUAAAGUUGUGCAUUCAUCCGCUAAUCGAUCUUUGAACGUGCGAUCUGGUGAUCGAAGCACUAAGAUUGCACGAAGACGAACCAUCUUGUUUUAAUCGCUGCUAGUUUUUGCACGACAAGCCAGCGAUCCUGAGCGGGUGUAAGGGUAGAUGCAGGGAGGGAGGGAGUGAAAAAAGGCAAAAGUCUUUGUGCUUCCCUUCCCCCUCAUCAAAGCAAAGGGGAAAUGUCUCUGUCUAAAGGAGGGAAGAAGAAGAACCCUGGGCUGAAGCUGGCCAAAGAAGUGUUUGCACAGCCCACACCAGCGGCAGCAGCGCCCCCUCGAGAUCUCGACUCUAAAGCUUGCGUCACAAUUGGAGAUCAGAACUUUGUGGUGAAGGCUGAUGACUUGGAGCAGAUUGCAGAGCUGGGGAGGGGAGCGUACGGGGUGGUGGACAAGAUGAAACAUGUGCCCAGUGGUGUUAUCAUGGCUGUCAAGAGGAUUCGUGCCACUGUCAACACUCUGGAGCAGAAGAGGCUUCUGAUGGACCUGGACAUUUCAAUGAGGACAGUGGACUGCUUCUACACUGUCACCUUCUAUGGCGCCCUCUUCAGAGAGGGGGAUGUUUGGAUCUGUAUGGAGCUGAUGGACACAUCUCUGGAUAAAUUCUAUAAGAAAGUCAUUGAUAAAGGCAAAACCAUCCCAGAGGACAUCUUGGGAAAGAUCACAGUAGCAAUCGUCAAGGCAUUAGAGCAUCUGCACAGUAACCUUUCAGUGAUACACAGAGAUGUGAAGCCCUCCAAUGUUCUGAUCAACACUCAGGGCCAAGUGAAAAUGUGCGACUUCGGCAUCAGCGGCCACCUGGUGGACUCUGUGGCCAAAACAUUGGAUGCAGGCUGCAAGCCCUACAUGGCACCUGAGCGGAUCAACCCUGACCUCAACCAGAAAGGCUACAGUGUCAAAUCGGACAUAUGGAGUCUUGGUAUCACGAUGAUUGAGCUGGCCAUUUUGAAAUUCCCCUAUGACUCAUGGGGCACCCCGUUCCAGCAGCUCAAACAGGUGGUGGAUGAGCCGUCUCCACAGUUGCCUGCCGACCGUUUCUCCCCAGACUUUGUAGAUUUCAUCUCCCAGUGUUUAAGAAAGAAGCCAAAUGAGAGACCAGCUUAUACAGAAUUAAUGAAACAUCCGUUUUUCACCCUGCAUGACUCCAAAGAGACAGACGUGGCCAGUUUUGUCAAGGUCAUCCUGGAUAAGUGAUGGGCUCCCUGCGAGGUCCACCCCAUCAGGGUAGGCGGGACCUCUCGGCAGACGAACCAAUGGCCUACCUUUUUUCUUUUUCUUUUUCUUUCUUUUUUUUUUUUUAAACUCACUGGAAUGACAGACUCUCAUGCACCCACACACAACACGGGGGGGUGACCCAAAGACUGACAGCAGCCCAGCAGCACUGGAGUGGGAGAGUGGUGGUAAUAUGAACUCGUACUGUCAACUGGAGAGGUUAAAUUCGCUCCUCCAGGCUUCCUGUGUGCGCAGUUAUCCAACAUGACAAAUAUGAACUGAACCUGAUUUGUUUUUGUCUUGUUCUUCCCUUGUUUUUGCCCCCAUUGCCCCCCCCCCUCCCCUUUUCAGAAUGGACAGAGCCAGCCAUUAUUUCUUUGUGACACAUAUUGUAUGAAUAAUUUGAAUUUCAUCUGCAAAACCAACAUUUAAUGUGUAUGUUGUUGCGUAUUGAAAGAUAUAUUUUGUGUUUGUACGUUUUCUCAUUAUACAGAGUUUUGAUACUGUAUAUCGUUGACAAGUGUGAAUUUUACCAGACUAGGGCCUUAUUUGUCAGAUGGCAUCAGGUGAACAGUUUGACCUGGUUCCACCCUGAGGCGAUUGGUCAGUGCAGGGGCUGCAGUUGUCAUGGGCCGGGCCUGGGGAGGCUCAAGGGCUGAGACAAAACAUGUAAGAAAUGUCAAAGGUCACAUUCUGGGCGAGAGGAGUUGCAAGUCAUUCCUAGAUCUCUUGGCGGUGUGAGGCAGGAAUGUAAGGCGUCCCAUAUCAUCAGUGAUCCGAGGCGUAACCCUCCAUGCUGUGACCCCUCCGUACUCCUCUUCUUUCUUGGGUAUUAAAGAGUGGGCUCCAGA